UUCCAAACUCACUCGUCACUUCUAAUACUUUGAGUUAGUUUUGCUUCUCUUCCUCGCUUUCAUUCUCCUACGAGGUAGAGAUACAGCAAGAGCGCACACAAUGUUGGAGAUUGUGCUGGUCCUUGUAGCGUUGUUUGUCAUAUAUUACACUCAUUUGCUUAUCAAAUGGAAAUACCCAAAAAUUAAUGGAGUUCCAGUUCAGCUCCCUCCUGGUUCUAUGGGUUUCCCUGUCAUUGGAGAGACCAUCCAGUUGCUUAUUCCAAGCUAUAACUCUAUAGAUAUUCACCCAUUCAUCAGAAAACGAAUCCAAAGGUAUGGGCCCAUUUUUCGAACAAAUCUGGUUGGAAGACCGAUCAUAGUCUCAGCAGACGCUGAAGUCAACAAGUACAUCUUUUCUCAGGAAGGGAAUCUAGUGGAGAUGUGGUAUUUGGAUUCAUUCGCCAAGUUGUUUGCUUUCGAGGGCGAGUCCAAGGUUACUGCGAUUGGUCGUGUCCACAGAUACUUGCGAGGCAUUACCUUGAACCAUUUUGGCGGCGAGAGCCUCAGGGAAAAGAUGCUUCCUCAAAUUGAUGCCUCCAUAAACGAUAACCUGCGCCAAUGGUCCGCUCAGGGAGCCGUUGAAGUUAAAUCAGCUAUUUCACGGAUGAUUUUCAACUUCACCGCGAAGGUUGCAUUUGGGUAUGAUCUCGAAAACUCGAAGGGGGAGAAAAUUGAAAACUUGCCCAAUUUCAUUAAAAGUCUCAUGUCCUUUCCCUUGAACAUUCCUGGCACUACAUUCCACAAGUGCAUGAAGGACAAAGAGAAGAUGUCAAACAUGGUGAGGCACAUAAUAAAGGAGAGAUUUAAUUCUCCGGAUAAACGUCCAGGAGAUUUUCUUGAUCAAGCUCUUAAUGAUAUGGCAUCAGAGAAGUUCUUGACAGAGGAUUUUAUUGCUGAACUCUCUUUUGGGAUUUUGUUUGCUGCCUUUGAAUCUGUGUCCACAACACUGACGUUAGCUAUCAAGUUUCUUGCGGAAAACCCUCUCGUGUUGGAAGAGUUGACGGCCGAAAAUGAGGCAGUUCUAAAGCAAAGAGAAAAUCCUGACUCCCAGCUCACAUGGGAAGAAUACAAAACGAUGGCUUUUACGCAGAGCGUCGUUAACGAAACGCUUAGAUUGAUGAAUAUUCCACCUGGUUUAUUGCGAAAGGCUCUGAAAGACAUUAAUAUCAAGGGAUACACAAUUCCGGCUGGGUGGACUAUAAUGCUUGUUACUCCUAUUGUUCACUUAAAUCCUGAAACAUACAAGGAUCCAUUAAAGUUCAAUCCAUGGCGCUGGAAGGACCUCGACCAGGUUACUCUUUCCAAGUCUUUCAUGCCAUUCGGUGGAGGUACAAGACAGUGUGCCGGGGCAGAAUUCAGUAAGGUGUACAUGGCGGCCUUUCUCCAUGUACUGGUGACCAAAUACAGAUGGUCAAAGGUCAAAGGAGGACGCAUCACCCGAAGUCCCAUUUUACUAUUUCCAGAUGGUGUCCAUGUUAAGAUUACAUCAAAACGUGAUUGAAGGGUAAUAACGAAUAACCAUCAUAUGUAGGCAGCGAGGAAGAAGCAAGACAGGGAGAAAGGGGCCAACCUAGAAAGACUAGACUUUUCGAAUAAUUUACAGUAUACGGCGUUGGCGAGUUUAAUUAAUUUAAAUUGUAUUUCAAUUAACACCAGGUGUUGUGGUGUUGAUGAUUGUAUCCUCUGUGAAACUUUUUUUUUUACUUUGUUCGUGUUUUUUUUUUAUUUGGUAAGAGAAGUUAAUUUAUUGGCCUUCCUGCCAUUUCCACCUCA